AUACUCAAAUCGCAAAUCAACAAUGGCUGGAAUCAUAUAUAUACAAUGCAAAUCACAAAACCCUAAUUCCUAACUGGAUUCUCUCCCGAUUCGUCCAUGGCAAGCUCAAAUUUGCCUUUCCCUUUCCUUGUACUAUAUUUUUCCGCUUUUUUCUAUCUCUGUGUUCGGUCUCAAGGAGGAGGCUACAUCGUGGGGGAAAUAUCAACCAAGGGAAUUGAUUUUGUCAAGGAUUUGCUUAUAGAGAAGGUGGAGGCCUCACUUGUCCCGCUAGGGAUUUCCGAUAUCGAGAAGGCUGUGAAAAUCCCGCUCAUAGGUAAGGUUCAUAUGGUUCUGUCCAAUAUUACGGUUGACAGUAUUCACUUGGGUUCGUCUACUGUGGAAACUGGGAGUUCUGGAGUAGUUGUCAAGGUUUCGGGCGCCACUGCGAAUUUGAGCAUGAAUUGGAAGUAUUGGUACACUGCGCGGCUAAUUCCAGUCUCGAUUUCCGACGAAGGAAGCGCCUCUGUCCAGGUUGAAGAUAUGGAAGUUGUUCUUAACCUCACUCUAAAGACUGUAGAAGGAUCUCUGGCUGUUGCUCUCGUGGAUUGUGGAUGCUAUGUGAAUGAUAUUUCCAUAACGUUGGUUGGAGGAGCAUCUUGGCUUUAUCAAGGAUUGGUCGACGCCUUCCAAAGUAAAAUCAGUUCUGCUGUUGAAGACGGCGUAUCUAAGAAAAUAAACAGUAGAAUUGUCAAACUGGAUUCCUUGUUGCAGUCUCUUCCUAAAGAAGUACCGGCGACUGACAUUGCCUAUCUGAAUGUUACACUUGUCGAUGACCCAAAGCUGAGCGAAUCAUCGGUUAAUGUUGAAAUCAAUGGGCUGUUCUUCACCAAGCAUGAGAUCACACUUUCUAGCCACUCCCAUAGAUCUCUAGAACCUUCAUUGUCAUGCGAGGAAUCGGAUGAGAUGGCCAAAGUUUCAAUCCAUGAAAAAGUUCUUCAAUCAGCAUCAUCGGUUUACUACAAGGCGAACAAGAUGCAUUGGAUUGUCGAGGAAGCACCCAAUGAGUCUCUCUUGAACACGAGUGAAUGGCGAUUCAUUAUCCCACAGCUUUACAAGAUGUACCCUAACCGUGCCAUGAAUCUGAACAUCUCAGCGUCCUCGCCACCAACAAUCAAACUCGAAAAACAGCAGGUCGUGGCAACAACUCCUUUCGAUGUGGUGAUUGGCGUUUUGGACGAGCUGGGAGCAAUCCCCAUCGCAUGCAUUUCCACAGUGAUUAGUUCUUCCUUAACUGCUGAAUUUUCAGGGAACGAUGCUGUGACAGGGACUGUGAAACUGAAUAACUUCACCAUGCAUUUAAGGUGGAGCGACAUUGGGAAUUUACACAUUGAUUUACUCCAAGGCAUAAUUUCAACCAUGGUGAGGACCGUUGUCGUGCCGUACAUCAAUGUAAAAUUUAGCGGCGGAUACCACAUACCGGCUUUCCAUGGCUACGGGCUUCAACGUGCUCAUAUCCACAUUAUGGAUUCUUGGAUAGUGAUAUGCAGCGACGUGGCGCGCGUAAAACAACUGGUCAGUAUUAUUUAAUCGACAGAAGAGCUUUUCGACAUUAAACAUUGUCCCAUUGUCAUCUAUGAAUUCCUCGAUCACACCGGAUGGAUACCCGAUUGAUUGUUUCGAAGUUGGAGUGUGGAAUUUUGGGCACAGUGUACUGACUGUUCAUGCUCUACUAUUUUGUCGUGGAUUCGGAUUUGAAUCGCGGACAUAGGCGUGCAGCAAAUGGGUAAGUUUGAUUGUGUUUUAGAGUUAAAAUUAUUUUUGUUAUAGCGUGAAAUUGAACACAUUUUAGAUUGAAGAGUUCCACGUUAAAUGUUAUGGUGGUUUGCUUGUUUAAA